CAGGAGCAAUUUCAAGAACAACUGGAGGAAGGUUUAUUGGAUGAUGAUGAUGAAAGUGAUGAGGACGACUUCGUCGUAACGAUCGGUGAUAAAACGACUGCUCCACCUGGAAACAUCGGAAAAUUGGACAUCGAUGGAACACCAACUAUCAAUGGGACUCCAAUUUACGAUCUUGAUUUAGCUACCAUGGAAGAAAGACCAUGGCAGAAGCCUGGUGCAGAUUUAACGGAUUAUUUCAAUUAUGGUUUCAACGAAGAAACAUGGAAUUCAUAUUGUGAGAGACAAAGAAAACUGCGAGCAGAGUAUGGUAAUCAAGCAACAGCUAAUAAAGUACUUUUUUCUAGCAUAAGUCUAACCAAUCCGCUUGUCCAAUCAGGUAAUUUCACCAUGUUAUUGCAAAAAAUAUAUUUUCAAAUUUUGCAGAAUAAUAUGUUACAAGAGCCAAGUAGCGAAGUCACUAGUCCUUCUUCAUCUGUUGGUGCAUCACUUCCUACAUCAAUGACAGUCUCUGGUUCUGUUCCAGCACUUCCAGCACCUUCGGGCGCUGCUGCACCUAUGGAUUUCACUAAACCGCCUCCAGCCAUUGAAUCUAUUGCUUCUAGUUCAAGGUUUAUCCAUUCUGUAAUUUAG